ACAUUUGUCUGUCAAACUAAUACUGUAAUGUUUCAGACAAAUAAGUCCUUGUUUGUCAGUAGGAUCUCAUUUCAGUUUAAUGUGAGUGCACUGGAAAUCAUGCAUUUCCUUCUGCAGACAAAAGCAACAGAAAAAAACUUAAAGUGAACAGAAUCAAUUUUGGGCAAGUACAGCUGGAGUCUUUCUUCAUGUGAUAUUAAAAGAAGCUGUUGAUGGCCUGUUGUUCACAUGUAAACACUGAUCAUGGGGCUGAAUGAACACUGGAGGGUUUUGUUCAGGAAGUCACGGAGAGACUCCUGCUGUCUCAGUGAUCAGGGUUCACAUUCGUUUCACUUGAGUACCACAGUGUAGACAGAAAACCUGAUGCGGCGGGAGCAGUGUGAGCACUGGAGGCCCGUUCAGAUCAGAGAUCAUCCACAUGCAGCAGGAGCUCUCAGUCUCAGUCUCUGGACAUUUGCUGACUCCCAGGAUUUCUGCUCGGUCAGCUGAUUUGCUGCUGUUGUCAUAUCCUGUCAGACAGAAAUGAGAAGUCUGUGUUGAACAACCAAAGGAUCAGUCCUUAUUUCCUCUAAGACGCUGAAGACUGAUGAACUAUUGAACAGGAGCCUCUCGGAGAUGUUUGCUCUCCUGCUCAUCUGUGGAAUCCUGUUCGCUCGAGCUCAGGGUUGGUCUGAGCCGCGGAUUAGACUGAACUCUGGAGCUCCGGUCGGUACGGAUGUGAUUCUUGACUCUGGUUCUCCUCUUCAUCUGAUCUGUGAAGGCGACGGUCCGGUUACAUGGCUUCCCCGACUGGCCAGACACAAGCGUUUCAUCUCCAAGGAGGUCGGAAACGUCCGGAGUUUCCAUGUGGAUAAAGCCACAGCUGAUUUUACAGGAACAUACAAGUGUGUCUAUAUGAACAAAAAUGAUUCAAAUGAGUCAUCUUCGGUUCAUGUGUUUGUCAGAGAUCCCCGAAUUCUCUUCGUCUCACCGAGUACGUCUCUGCGUUAUGUGCGGAAAGAAGGUGAAGAUCUGACGCUCCCGUGUCUUCUGACCGACCCUGAUGCCACGGACUUCAUCUUCCGCAUGGAUAACGGCUCGGCAGUGCCCUACGGCAUGAACGUGACCUUUGACCCCAAAAAGGGUGUCCUGAUUCGCAACAUUCACCCUGGAUUUAACGCCGACUACGUUUGCAGCGCUAGAAUCAGAGGGGCAAGGAAAUUUUCGAAGAUAUUCUCGAUAAACGUCAUUCAACGAUUGCAUUUUCCACCAUAUGUGUUUCUGAAGAGAAGCGAGUAUGUCAAACUGGUGGGAGAGAGAUUUCAGAUCAGCUGCACCACAAACAACCCCAAUUUUUACUACAAUGUCACAUGGACACACUCCUCUAGAACGCUGCCCCGAGCAGCAGAGAAAUCGACGAUGGAAGGGGAUCGUUUGGCCAUCGAGAGCAUCCUGAUCAUACCAGCUGUUCAGCUGUCUGACUCGGGUAACAUCACCUGUACGGGUCAGAACGAGGCCGGAGCCAACAGCUCCACCACACAACUGCUGGUCGUGGACGAGCCUUACAUUCGACUCUCCCCGAAGCUCUCGUCUAAACUCACUCACCGCGGUCUGUCCAUCGAGGUUAACGAAGGCGAAGAUGUGGAUCUCAGGGUUUUGAUCGAAGCGUAUCCACCGCUGAUCUCACACCAGUGGGUGACUCCAACAUCCCACAAUGCCUCACUCCCAGAGAACAGGUUUUACAACUAUAACGACAGGUACGAGGCGCUGAUGUUCCUCAAGAGACUGAACUUCCAGGAAACCGGCCACUACACACUCUACGUCAACAACAGCAUGAAAAAUGCCUCCAUUACUUUUGAUAUUAAAAUGUACACGAAACCUGUAGCGAUGGUGAGAUGGGAGAACGUCACCACUCUGUCAUGCAGGUCCUAUGGAUAUCCAGCUCCCAGCAUCCUUUGGUACCAGUGCACAGGAAUCAGAACCACCUGCCCAGAAAACUCCACGGGUCUUCAGCCCAUCCAGACGCAGACGCUGGCAUUUCAUAAAGAUCCGUACGGGUCGGUGGGUGUGGAGAGCGUCCUGACCGUGGGACCGUCCAACCAGAGGAUGACCGUGGUGUGUGUGGCCUUCAAUCUGGUGGGACAAGGCACCGACACCUUCGCCAUGGACGUCUCCGACCAGCUCUUCACCAGCGCUAUGUGUGGAUCUAUAGUCGCGAUGGUGGUUCUAGCGCUGCUGCUCAUCUUCAUGAUCUACAAGUACAAACAGAAACCCAGAUAUGAGAUCCGCUGGAAAAUCAUUGAAGCCACAAAUGGAAACAACUACACCUUCAUUGACCCGACACAACUACCAUACAAUGAAAAAUGGGAGUUUCCUCGAGACAAACUAAAGCUCGGAAAGACUCUGGGAGCAGGAGCCUUUGGGAAGGUGGUGGAGGCCACAGCAUACGGCCUGGGCAAAGAGGACAAUGUCACACGUGUAGCUGUAAAAAUGCUGAAAGCCAGCGCUCAUCCAGACGAGCGAGAGGCUCUGAUGUCCGAGCUGAAGAUCCUCAGUCAUCUCGGGCAGCACAAGAACAUCGUGAACCUGCUGGGCGCCUGUACACAAAGCGGUCCUGUGCUGGUCAUUACGGAAUACUGUUGUCAUGGUGAUCUUCUGAACUUCCUGCGUAGCAAAGCUGAGAACUUCUUGAACUUCGUCAUGAUGAUUCCGAAUCCGGUGAUGGAUUAUAAGAACGUCGACACUGAACGAAUGUUUCUCAGAAGUGACAGUGGGAUUUCCAGUACUUGCUCUGAUAGUUAUCAGGCCAUGAGACCAGCCUCAUCCAGACCCACAAACUCAGCUCAGAGUUCUUCUUUGGACUGUGAGCAGGCUGAGGAUUCGUGGCCGCUGGACAUGGACGACUUACUCAGAUUCUCCUAUCAGGUGGCACAGGGACUCGACUUCCUCGCUGAUAAAAAUUGCAUCCACAGAGACGUGGCGGCCAGAAACGUCCUCCUCACCAACAGCCGAGUGGCCAAGAUCUGUGAUUUCGGUCUGGCGCGAGACAUCAUGAACGACUCCAACUACGUAGUCAAAGGAAACGCGCGUCUUCCAGUGAAGUGGAUGGCUCCAGAGAGUAUCUUCGACUGUGUUUAUACGGUUCAGAGUGACGUCUGGUCUUACGGCAUCCUGCUGUGGGAGAUUUUCUCAUUGGGUAAGAGCCCGUAUCCCAACAUACUGGUGGACUCCAAGUUUUAUAAAAUGAUCAAAUGUGGCUAUCAGAUGUCCAGACCUGACUUUGAUGCUGUGUUCAGGUAUACCAUCAUGAAGAUGUGCUGGAACCUGGACCCCGCUGAGAGACCAACAUUCAGUAAGAUCAGUCAGCUGAUCGAGAGGAUGCUGGGAGACACAGAAGAUCAACAGGAGACACAGUACCAAAAUGUCCAGUCUGAUGUACAUGAUGACCAACAACUAGAGUCAUGUGACCCUGUGAAGCAUGAAGAGGAGUCAUUUGAGACAUCAUGUGACCAGGAAGAAGAGGAUCAGCCGCUCAUGAAACCCAACAACUACCAGUUCUGCUGAGGGCUUAACUAAGCAUCUAAUGCACCAAAGCGGGAUCUUCUGUCUGAACAUCAACAACAGUUGCACAAUCCGUCCGCAAACGCAUGCAUGUGGACAGAGAUCUGACCUGUCAUCAAACACACUCUGCUUUUGUAGUUCUGCUCGCUUGAAAUCUCGUAAACAGUCUUGAACUCGUCUGCAGAGUUGAAGCGUGUUUAAUCCAACCGGUUUCACUUCUCAGCAAAGUCCAAAAUCUCCAAACCUCGGAUUUGUUUGUCGUCCAAUGUGCCUUUUUGGUAAACAUGCAUCUUUAUUUGUUACAGGACUUCUCUGUUGCCAAGGUUGAAAAAGAAGCUUGUUCAGCGUUUUAAAUGCAGAUGCUGCAUGUUCCACUUCCACUUUAUACUUGAUCUGCUUGUCAGUUAUGUUUCUUCUUUUAAAAUCACUGAAAAUGACCACAGACACACAUAACUCUUUUUGUGCAGCUAAAAUAACUAAAGCGAAUAAAGCUAAAACCUCGUCUACAUGUAUACACCAUAUACAGCCUACUAUUUUUUAUCGUCAGUGCAACCGUAUUAUAACAGCACAUUUGGCAAUUAAUUUUAUUUUUUUUGCAUUACAUUUUAUUUUAUUUAUUUAUUUUUUUUGCAUUUUAUUUUAUUAUUUAUUUUUAAUUUUGCAUUUGCAUUUUAAUUUAGCGUUCUAUUUUUUAGCAUUUUUAAUUUUGCUUUCUGAGUUUGCAUUUUAUUUUAUUUCUUUUUUUAAUGUAAUUCUUUUUCCAUUUUAAUAUAUUUUGCAUUUUGCAAAUUAUUUUGAACUCAUAUGUCACACCUGUAAUCGUCAUGCCAACACGGGUUGAGUUACACGCAGUAUGUUAACAGCACAUUUGGCAGUUAAAUUGCUUUUUUUUCAUUUCAUUUUUUUUUCAUUUUUUUUCUUUUACAUUUUAAUUUAGCGUUUAUUUUAUUUUUUUUAGCAUUUUUAAUUUCGCUUUCUAAGUUUGCAUUUUUUUUCUUUAUUUUUUUCCAUUUUAAUAUAUUUUGCAAGUUAUUUUGAACUCAUAUGCCUCACCUGUAAUUGUCAUGCCAACACAGGUUGAGUUUCACGUGGCUGAAGGUAAUCAGUGCAGGUCAGAGGACAGAUAAGAAAUCUUUUUUUCUGUCUCCUGCUCCAGUUCUUAGUCAAUCUUUGUAGGCAAACAGUAUUUUACUGCUUCCCGCAGUAAUUACGGUCAUUUGGAGUGAUAGUGUGAGGUCAGCGCAGGUUUGGAGGACAGAUUCACGUCUCCAGCGGGUGAAAUAUUGACAUGCUGUUGGCGCAAUAAUGUUUCGGCAGAUCGUUGUCUUAUUUCUUCAGAUAACUGAGGGUCAAAGGUUAAAUGCGUUCUUGUUUAUCACUGAAAAAAACAAUGACUGACGGCGCAGAAACCAUUUCAGGAAGAAAAACUAACCAUUUGCUUUUCCUUCAGUGUAAAAUGAAAGGUAGACAGUUUCAUUUCAUUUUCAUAGGCAUAUGUACACUUGAUUAUUUUGAUGUGCUGGAAGUGUUUAGAUAGCAGAAAUCUUGUAAGCUGAAUGUCACACGUCUUAACUGUUUAACAUAACUGUCAAAUGAAGCAUCAGAACUGCUGAGUAACUUUAGAUUGCUUAAAACGUGUGAUUAUUGAAGUUGUCAGUGAAACAGAAUAUGCCAUGCCUUCUUACUUUAGUUGCAAUUUAAUUUCACAUUUUGCUUUUGCAUUUUAAUUUAAUUUGCAAACAUUUACUUUUAUUCAACUCUCAAACAGAAAAAAAAAAUCUGUCAUUUUUCCUGUAGUUUAUUACCAGUUUGAAAUGGGUAAAUCUUUGUUUUUAUAUUCUCAAAUGAAGCAUCAGAUACACUGCCAUUGUAACUUUAGGUUGCUUAAAAUGUGAUUGACCUGAUGUUUUCUUUCUCAAAGCACACACUGCCAUGUUUAUAUGUUUAUACUGUAUCCUUAUUUACAAUGUUUCUUAUGCAAGUUUUAUGGUUUAAAGUUCAAUUAUGUGAGAUUUAAUCAUUUCAGUGUUUAAUAUUUCCCAUGAGUCUUAUCGUAACGAGUUUUGCACCUGAUCUGUAUAUUUUAUUGUUUGUUUUACUACAGAACUUGCUACUGAAAGCUACUAAUAAACCAUGGAAAUGUCACGUGAUCUUGUUUUAUCAGUGAAAAUACAGUUUAUUAGGGUUAUGCGGUUAAUCCAUAUUUGAGACUGAGCACAUUAUCUGUUAUGAAACAGAUAUCUCAGAAAAAACACUUGUCUUUCUAUGCAUGAAAAAGCCAUCAAAAUAUGAAAUUAAAAUAAACACUGUCGGUUUUCAACUUCUA